CUUAAUGCUCACUCAAAAUCCUACAAAUCUGGGCUAAUGCAUUUUAAAUGUAAACCCCAAAUCUCUCUGAAACAUUGUGUUAUGUUCCUUUAUGCCUUCUAUUGUGAUACAGGAUGCAUACAAAUUGCUCUGUAACAGACAACAAGACAGCAUGAAGGCUGCCACAGCCCCUUUUGCCUUUAAAAUUGUAUGGAUGCAGUGGGUAUUGCUACAAAACCCUCUUAGCUGGUCUCAAAAGCUGCGCCUCUUCAUUCUUUCAUUACGAAGACCCAGUGGAUUGCUUACUUAGCACACACCAGAGGCUAUAGAUAGGGCAAGCAGCCACUGCAGCCAGAAAGCCCCAGUACAGAACAAAUGCCAUUACCCUCAACAUGCAGAUACUUUGGAGCUGAAUUGUGCAGAAGAGAGAAACCCUCCAGGUGACAAAACCAUGUGUGGCUGAGAAGAACAGCCACUGCCACUCAGCUGAAAAAGCAAUGCACAGACGCCCUCACCUCCUUCAUCCACCAGCCUGACCAAGGGUGGAUGUCAAGGGAAAUCUCUCCCACCGCUCAUUCUGUGUAUGAUGAUGGUAGCAGUAAGCACAAACCCGGAUGAGGAGAGAUGCAAACAAUGGAGGCGCCAACACCAGAGCCUGCAUAUGUUGAUGUGGACAAAGGACUAACAUUAGCAUGUUUUGUCUUCCUUUGCCUUUUCUUGAUCGUCAUGAUUAUUCGCUGUGCAAAAGUCAUCAUGGACCCUUACAGCGCCAUCCCAACUUCCACAUGGGAGGAGCAGCACCUGGAUGACUGAAAGGGACACUGCGGGAAGCUUUCACAGCACAAUCUGGAAGGCCUUUUCAUUCAGAGAAGGUGAAUGUAUAUUAAACCGAAAUACAGAGUGGUGCAAAUACCUCUGACAGCAUAUUGGUUAAAUUUUCUUGCAUAGCAGGUUGUAGACAUCAUUGUGUCCCUAUUUGAUGGUACAGCCUAUUUGUGUUAUAACCUUCACAUAUUAACAAGAGAAAUUAUGAUUGUAACUUGAAUAGCACAAAAGCUUUCUAGGCAAUAAGGCUCCCUUAAAGCUUCUAAUAUAAACCUCAACCUGGCAUUCUUCUUCCUUAAGGAAUAUUGUCUGUAUUGUUUCCAAUAAAUAAGGGGAUGGGUAGCUAUCAGUACUUGGAAAAGCAAUAAGGGCAUUUGAUCUUUCUUUGACAACGGGUUGCUUACAAUAUGUUUGUCAGUUAUUUUUGUGUGGUUCUUAAGGCUAUGAAAAUGCCAGACCUUAUAGGUGUGCAAAGUCUAAGACUAUGUAAAAUGCCACCAAGGUCUCCUGGGAAUUUCUGCCCCUGGGAUGUCAGGGAAUGUAAGUCCUAAAGAGGUAUAUACGGUGGAGUAGAGAGAUGUGCACAAACUUAUUCUUGACUAACUGAGUUCUAGGCACACACUUCCCCUACAGUAUUUUAGAAAUGUACUUCCAAGAGUCACGAUUAUGAAAUACACAAAACUUGUGACAAUUUUCAAAUGAUCAGAUGUACAACAGAUGUCCCAUCUUUUAUUUACAGUUGUUAAGAGUCAGCCUUGCUGCUACCCAUCUGGGUUGCACAAGAUUAAAGGAGCAAAGGCAAGAGAAGAAGAGACAUAUCUCAGAACUAGCUACUCUAGAUAAGAUGGGGUUUUAUUUUUCUACUGGUCAGUAAGAAAGAAGAGUAUUUAGCAACAAAUUAUAACAUGCAUUCUGCCAUGGCAAAAUUAAGUACUUUUAAUAGAAGAACUUUUCACAAAAUUGUAAUAUAAAUAUCUGCCCAAUUUCCCCCGUUAACCAUUCACUAAUUAUUGCAGAUAAGGAAGAGAAAGGGAUUCAAAGAGCUCCCAGAUUAUAUUGUGCAGUUUUGAGGUUUGGAGGGAAAGGAAUUCCCUUCAAAAAUAAAUCCUAGGUUCUAUAUUCCCUGAAGACUUUCAAUCCUGUCUCUAUUGCAAAAAUUCACCCACAGCUGCCUUCCUGCAGUGACUACAGGUUUUGUUCAAGGGAGUCCAAGGAACUACUGGAGUAAUAAGGAGUUUACCCUACAGGAGUCAUCCUGCAGAUUCUAGGUCUCAACUAGAGCAGUCAUGGGUGCAUCCGUGAAGAACCAGUUUCCACCAAACCUGGAGGUAUCCAGCUACUCACACACAGAGGGGGGUAUUUAGCUAUUUGCCCCCUAUAUUCCCAACUCUGUGACCAUGCUGCCAGGUGCCCUUCUUUGAUAAGGUUGCCUCCAUGUGGUAGGGUGCAUUGUAUAGGAAGGGGGGUAUCCAAUGGUUGGAGCAAGGAAUUAGGAAUCAGGGCUCCUUGGUCUCUAGUCUCAGCUCUGUCACAGAUAUGCUACAUGACCAGGCAAGUCACUUCAUUUCUCUGUGCCUCACUUUACUCAUCUGUAAACUGAGCCACCAUAAUAUCUGCCUGCCUCCCACUGAGCUCUGAAGCUUAAUCAAUAUCAGAAAAGCACUUGGAGAUCCAUAAAUAAGAAGCACUGCAUAUAGGUACAAAGUAUUAAUUUAUUGUAAUUAUUUGUGAAGUUGGAAUAAAGGGAUUGGUUGAGACACAUUAUAGGGUAGGUUAAAUUCCCCCAUUUCAGAGGAACCCCAUAAGAUGCUCUUCACCAUUUAGCCCCUGCCUUAAGUACCAGAUUCUGCUGUUCUUACUCCUGGUUGUUAGCACCUUGCUCCAUUAAUCAUCCUGUUGGUUUCAGAAGGAUUCUUUGUGGAGUAAGAUGCUAUUCCACAUGACUAAGGGCAUCCAAAUCUGGCUCUAAGAGGUGUGGAGAGUAUUGUGCAGAACUUCUGCACUGGGAUGAAUUUCACCCUCUGUUCAUUUCUGGUGUUCAUUUGGGAGAAAGAAGUUUACUAUAGAUGCUAGGAUCUACCUGGAUAGUGCAGCUCUCUUCCCAGCUACCUGACCUGGUUCAAUUACCCAUUGCCAGUAAUUUAGCUGACAAGUUUAGCUCUUGUUUCUGUUGGCCAGUUGUGGAUUUUUACAACGUGAACGUUAUUCAACAUAGUGUGUGCAAACAAAUUGCUGUCUAUUUUGUUCCUGGCUGGGGCACUACGAGCAUCUCUUUACACUAUAUGAGUUAUUGCCUAGGUCACAUGGUAUUGUUUCUGCUCCCUGACUGGGUGGCUCAAUUUUGUCACCCAUAGUCAUGUUGAAUAGUAUCUUACAUUGAGUUUACUGGGACUACUUGCAGAGUCCAACAAGAGUAAGGGGAACAGAAUCAGUCCCUUGAUUGGCAAGAGUCACUUUUUUGUUUGCGAGUUAUCUGCGCGCCUAACUGCUCAGCCAAUCGACAGUGCAAAUGAGGGUUGUGAUAGCCAUUUUCAGUGUGAACACUCUGGUGAAUGUUUAUCUGCACCCAUGAUACUUUGGCUUACCAUAGGGUCACAAACAGGACCCCAAUCCAGCAAAACACGUAACCACCUUAGAGCUGCUGUUUAGGAAUUCAACACAAGGGACGCUAUCUAUGGAUAUGUCUAUUUUCUACUAAUAAUGCAUUUCUGUUUCAGCUGUAACCUCCCUGAUUCAUCCUUCUGUUGGUAAAAGGGGAAAUCCUCAUGCUUAGGCUUUCCAUAAGCAUCUACCCAGUCAUCUAAGACCUUUCCAUUUGAAGUUCAUAUCUACACACAGCUAUUUCAUUUCUUCACUGAUCAUGCAAACAUGACCUGAUUUCUAUGCAUCCCAGUCUGCUGCCACCUCACUCGCAUAACCCCCAGGUUUCUUUGGGGCUAUCUGUAAAAGGGAAUGCUAACUUCUGUGUCAAAAGCAAAAACACUCUUUAUUUCUUGCCUUCUGAGUGUCAAUUUGGCAAUUUCUCACCUGUCUUUUAAUCAGCACACAUUAUUCUAAUGCACACAUAAUCCUGAUCCUGCAAUCCCAACGUCAUAUAACUUCCCUUGAAGUCAAUAGAAGUUUUGCGUUAGAAACACUGCAGCAUUGAGCAUAGAUAGUAAUUUAAACUGCAUGUAACAAGUGCCUCGGCUACUCUGUUUUAUUUUAAAUAAUUAUUCUCUACUUACAAUCAGCAAACCUACUCAUCUUGUAGUGAAUGUGUUUAUCUAAUACAAUAAAUGGCCUCAGCACAGAACUUGUUCUUGUUUUUUAAAAGUAAGGCCAUCCUGGUUCUCUCCUGGUCUUCACAAUCCAUUCUGCUGGUCUCUACUGUCUGAAUUGUUCAUUGGACUGUAAAGGACUAGAUUGUAACUUUAUCCUCUACCCAGAGUAAGAGGUGGCAAGUAGAGCAGAGACUCAGUCACAAUUCCUGCCUCUUUUGUCCAAGAGAAGAGUAAGUUGCUUCACUCCUUUUCAUAGAGCAGCUUCACCCCCCACAGCUACUAUGGCUGGCAAAUGGGAGCGCCUCCCACUGUCCCCAUCCUUCUUUUCCAGCUUGCUGACAGCCCAGUGUGUCAGACAAGUAGCCAGUGCUCUCCACACCACUCUGGAGUCACAAUCUGAGCAGGGCCAAGCCAGGGGAGUCAGAGGGAACCAAUUCCCUUUUAGCCCCUGUGUAUGUGAGUAAGGGCUGUGGCAAUCUAGCCCGAAGAGAGGUGUCCCCAUGGUGGAAUUAUGGGGGAAAAUUUUGUGGGCCAGAUUUUCAAAGCUGGGGUGAACUGGAGCACAGUUGUUCUCGCUGCUCCUGCAAAAUCCACCUUUGUGCAUGUAGCUCGCCCACGUAAUCACUGUGUCUGCACUAACAAGUGGCCAGUUGCAUGUAUGUGCCUGUCCUGAUGAAACUGCUGCACUCGUCUUUGAAGAUCUGGCCCUUUGUACCUUGAUCCUUUGCAAUUUUAACCCUAUUGCAUAACGGGGGAGGUGUGUGGACAAGGAUUCUAAGCAGGUGCAAACUCAAUUAAUGUACCAUCUAAAAUAAUCACGGUACAGAGAUUCUUUUUUGUUCCCCUGGUUUCAUUUAGCAAAAUCAAUUUGGCACCAGUGAAACCUGCAACUAUGACCACUUUGUUUUACACUGGCAGGAUUACAGCUGCAGGACUUCUAGAAUUCCCUGAGUAAAUCUGUCACUGCUCUUUAAUAGCUAUACAAGAAACAGGAGGUUCACAGCACAUAACAGGCAGCUACAAAUCCUUGCCUCUGAAAUGGUCCCACCGAGAAUGUGUGAAGUCCUGAAAGCUUUGGUUAAAAAAAAUUAAUGUUUGCACGACGGUCUGGCUUCACAGGCUUAACAAGGGGAGAAGAUCACAGAACCCAGUCAAACGGUGGGCCUUUAACGUUUCAACGUGCAAGAGAAAUUGAAUAAAACAAUGCAUUUGUGAGCUGUGGAACCUCUGGCUUUUCUAAGCCUACCUGCCUUUCUCAAGCAACAGCAGUGACGGGGUAAGAUCAUCAUUUUAUGCAGCCACUUCCAGAUGGCCUGUUCACCAGAUACAUAGAGGAGAUCUCAGAGAUACUGGCCUCUAAGUGUUCAUAAGUAUGGGCUGGAGUGUUCCUGCAUAAAGGGACAUGGAAGGCGGCAGCUGUAGACAGAGCCCCUUCUCCCUAUGCUGGAGUGGGAGAGUAAUUACUACCAUCCCCCUUUCCCUAGCACAAUACAGGGGUUCACACACAAGGAGCAGUGUGGGGAUUGGAGUUAGAGCAGGGGAGUGGCCAUUCUCUGUAGCGCUGCUCCCUGUAGACCCUAUAUGGAAACCAUGAGGGAGCUAAUUCUGUCCCAAGAGGUCCUAUGACCUCUAGGUUUGGAGGCCAAACUUUCCCAGGCAGCCAUUCUGAUGUCCCUUCCCCAAUCAGCUGUGUAAGAGGGGUGCUGAGCUGACCUGAUGUUAAACCUUGGCUCGCGGGGUACCCUGUCAUGUAGCCUGUCCUAAUGAUUAUUCUGCAGCACUAUGGUAUAGAUGCCUAAGCCCCUGCAAUUGUUUACUUUGGACUGAACUUGUAGUGAGUAACGUUUGAAAACAAGGAACAUUUUGGGGGGAAAAUAUUGAUGCACAUUUAACAUCCACUGAAACACAUCGGCUUGGGCUGGUAUGUGCUCCAUGCGACCUGCCCAACAACAGUAUUUCAUGCUAUUUUCACCCUGGAGAGGAAACCCUUUGAAAGUACUUUCUUGCAGGUUGGUGACAAACAGGUAAAUUCUUUCCUGUUGUAAAUGAACCCUAUUCCUGAAAGACUCAAUGGAAUUAUACUUGUUUAUAUCCGCAGUGAAUCUGCAGGGAACUGGAGCGGGAAAUAUGUGGCUGAGUUUGCAACAAAGACUCUUAAAGAGAAAAAACAGUAAGAUUUAUAAGCAUAUUCUAGCAAGAAACAGAGGUUUGAAUCCUCUGAGUUCUCAUAACAGGCUCUAUAGCUCUGAGCUAAAGAUCAGAGCUUGAGUGAACAACCUGAGUCACUCUAAAUGCAUUUAUGAGAGAAGUAACUAACCCUGAAUUUACAGAACAGAGACCUUGUCCAAUGCUAACUUACAGCUUUUCCUGAAAGAAACAGAGGGAUGUGCAUGAUGCCAGCUAGGGAAUUACAACAGCAGCACAUUCCUGCUGACUCAGUGUGGGUCUGAGAGGGUAACUCAGUCCCCCACUGCUUGAGGCCAAUGAGCAAGGCUAGUGCAGGAGUUGCAAGCUUUGGUGAGGAGAAUGUGUACUUGCGCUCUGGACAUCCAGAUGCCAUAAGAGAGUCUUGAUUUAUGCACAUUGCAGGCUGCGUAGGUUGAAGUCUCUAUCGUCCUGAGAAAGGGAGAUGAAGCAGGUGGCAUCGAAGCAUCUGGCUACCUGUAUUAUAUAUGACAUAAAUGCAAGGGGAGGAGAGGAGCUGUCCAGUUGCAUCUCACACUGGUCUGACUUUUAACAUGAACAUGGUAAAUGGACUUUGCAAACACUGCAGAGCCAGGACAACGUAUUUAAUCUGUUUAGUGGCCUCUGGUGCCCAUUAAAAAUGGUGGGGCUGCAAGAGGGGGAGAGGCACCAGUGACCAUGCAAGACAUCCCUAGCUUUAGUUUUAAGAGACUGAUAAGUCUAUGAGCAGGAUUAUCUGAUGAGGCUGCCUGUGAUAGCAGGGGACUGGAGUCAAUGGCCCAGGAGGUCCCUUCCAGUCCUAGGUAGCCCUCUACUUUGCCUUGUGGAGCAGAACUGAAAUAGCUUCACAAAAGCCUGUAUUCCUGGCUCUGAGCCGCCGCCCUCUGCUGCCUGCAGUCCAUAUGUCAUCAGUCCGGUGUAGCACAGCUUCCAGCAGCAGGAGCAACUUCACCAGGAGCUCUCCAGUGGCAGCAGGCGGUACUGCACCUUGCAGUACGUCCGCCACACAACAUGGAUGUGAUGUGACUGGCGGGGCUUAGCUCCAUCGUCCCGGAAGGAUUAGCUGCCCCUACAGCUUUGCGCUCGAGCUGAUCACACAUAGCUUAAACCCCACACACCUUUUCACAGCUCUGUCCUGCUUCCUUGGAGGCACUAGACCCAAUUCUGACAUCACCUACACCAGUUUUACACAGGCAUAAUUUCACUUGAAUUCAAUUCACUCCUGAUUUAGAAAUGCGUUGAAUCAAAAUCAAGCCAGCUACCUAUACAAAAAGCCCCAUUUCAGCUGAUUUCUGGAGAGUCAGCACUCAAUGUCUUUUGGGGCUAACCUAGGUUGACCCUGGGGAUCUCUGCUUCUGUUACAUAGCUCCAGCCCUGUGAGAGUCCAAACAGCCAGAGAGAGAGAGAUCCAAUUUCUCCUUGUCUGGGAUUAUUAUCCCUUCCACCUCAUAGUCCAAACUGAUGGGAUGCGUGUGACACUGCACCCCAUAUUCUUCAUCGUGAUAUUAUUAUAUGAUAUGAUUUAGCAUACUUAUGAUGUAUUUUAUGCAAGACAGGUCAUGUGAGGUGUCAUUGGAAAAGUUAUGAUUUGGUGAAUAUGAUUAUCCUAUAUGUAUGCAGGAAUCAUUUUUGUAUCUAAAGUUAGGAAUAUUGACUAUGUAUCUGUAUUUCAAUUGUGCUUACACUGUGUGACACCCACAACUAGCCUUUCUGGUACAACCAUGAAGAAGCCAGACAGUGCUGAUGGCCCAUCAACAAAUACAACGAACCCUGGAAGAACUUAAGGUUCCUGUGAACAUUCCAGACAGCCUGUAAGUAAUGGCUGCUAUGACUCUACAAGGACAUGUGACCAGGCCACCUGAUUCUGGACUCCAUCUUGGGAUGUCAGUAUUUUUCCACAAACCAGUCUGGGAACCAAGUUUUGAAACAAAGGGUUCCUGCCAUAUGCUAAAGCUAUAUAAGGCAGGGAGUGACAUCAUCUGUUGUUUUUCACUCCUCACAGAAGAAGGCUCCUGGAAACACCUGAGGAACAAAGACUAAACUGGGGGAAGUGCUAGACCCAGGCUAAAGGGAUGUCUAGCCUGUGUAUGAAAGAUCUGGGAAUUCCAAGCUCCAAAGCAAACAUGGCCUUUGCCUUAAGAAUCUACAAGUCUGCCUGUACCAUAAGUUUGGAUAUGAAUAGCAGAUUCUUACCCUAUCUAUCUAGUAUAUUAAGCUUAGGUUGCAUUGUUGUUUAUUUGCUAGGUAAUCUGCUUUGAUCUGUUUACUAUCACUUAUAAUCGCUUAAAAUCUAUCUUUUGUAGUUAAUAAAUUUAUUUUGUGUUU